AUGGCGGCGGGGAGGGCCGGCGGCCGGCACCGGCACCGGCACCGGCACCGGCACCGGCACCGGCACCGCUCUUUUGCCAUGAUCUCUGCCCAGCAGCCACCGUUCCCCAACAAAAUUCAAAGAGCAAUGGACUGCCAAAGGGAGGAAAAAGAAUCCUGCGAAGAGCAGAACGACUCUGAAAACUGCACUUGCGGCUCCAAGUGUGCAUCAACAGCAGACUGCAACUCAGAUUCACCAGUAACUCUUAAAAUACUACAGAACUGGGUUCCUAAAGUUUCCCACUACUUCGAUAAAGAGCACUACACAUAUGUUGGCCACCAGAUCGUCAUUCAGGAGUCCAUAGAACACUUUGGAGCCGUGGUAUGGCCGGGGGCACUGGCUUUAUCUCAAUAUCUGGAAUCAAAUCAAGAACAAUUCAACCUCAAAGAUAAAAAAGUUUUGGAAAUUGGUGCUGGAACAGGCUUGGUUUCCAUUGUGGCCUGUAUUUUAGGAGCUUACGUUACAGCUACUGAUUUGCCUGAAGUUCUUGAAAAUCUGUCAUAUAAUAUUUCAAGAAAUAUACAGAACAUGGAUAUGCACAAACCUGAAGUGAGAAAACUGGUAUGGGGAGAAAGCCUCAAUGAAGACUUCCCUGCAUCAACUUACCAUUACGAUUUCUUACUGGCAACUGAUGUUGUAUACCAUCAGGCAGCUCUGGAACCCCUGCUAGCAACAAUGGUGUAUUUUUGUAAGCCAGGAACAGUAUUACUCUGGGCAAAUAAAUUCAGAUUCAGUACAGACUAUGAAUUUUUGGAAAAACUUUCCAAUAUAUUUAACACAACCAUUCUAGCAGAAUUCCCAGAAUCGAAUGUCAAGCUACUUAAAGCCACAGUAAGAGAGAAUUAAAGAGAAAACUACUACUAAUUCUGAUGUAAUGGCAGCACCUUAUAGUUUGGAAUGUUUUGCAGCAUUACGGCGCACCUUCUGUGCAUCCACAUUUGUAAAGUUGCAGUUUUAUCUGAGUUUUGCGUUACAAGUUAUGAAAAAAACGGUAAGACAAAUGACAUAGCAAUUUGUCUCUGGUUGAUACAUUUGACCUGUUCAAACAGACCACCUUCACUCCACUGAAGGAACAAUGUUAGUAGCAAUAGUAAAAAGGCUUUAACAGAAAGCACUGAUCUUCCAGGCUGCACUGAGCUUCUGUUGUUUGUAAGGUCUUUUCUUUCAGCAAGUUUCAUUUAGAUACUCCUUCAGAAAGCAAUACAGUUUUCAGCUUCAUUACUUGUUUUUAUUAAUUAUAAAAUAAUCUUUUAAAGUAUCAGUGUGCACAUGGUGGGUUUUUUUGAUCUUCAACUUCGCACAUUUAUUCUGCUGUGUUGUACAUUUUUAACAUUAUUAAACAUAUAUGUAUAGCUUUACAAUACCUGAUCAAGAUUUAACCAUCUGGCACUUUUAUACAUGUAUCAGUCUAUCCUGAUACUCAACUUCACAUGGAUUUUUGAGUUUGCCUGAAAUCACUCCAAAAUGAAGAUUUACAAGAGCACCUAUGCAUCAGCAAUUCCGAGUUAAACAUUGUAACAGUUUGAGAGGUUGAAUUUUUCUUAAAAAAAAUUAAAUGUAAACUCUUGCAGACAAUACAGGUAAUGAUGUCCCGUUACUUUAGUCUAAUAAAUAAGAUUUUAGCUACUCUUGAAGUAGCUUUAAGGCCUUCAUACAAUUGAAAUUAAGAUCAAACAAGUUAAAAUUCUGUUUACUGUAAAAAAUACAGAGCUUUUACAGGUUUGCAGUUAAAAGAACUGUUAAGAACCUAACAUGCAUGCAAGUAAGCCUU